ACAGCUGCAAACAAGAAACAAGAAAAUCAACUAAAGCCAACCACUUCCUCUAAUUCUUGCACUCAAUCACCAUCCAACAACACCACAAUUUUUUAUAGUUUAUGUUACCUAUCUUGCACUGAUCAGCUUCCCUCCAAAUUCAAUAUAAAGUCAUAACCCGAUUUAGCUAGGGGAAGCUCGAGCCACUAGUUUAUCAUCUGACUCGCCAUGAACUCCUUAAGAACAAAAAUGCCAGCCAUGGCCAUGCUUAUGCUCCUCCUCAUACUUUCAUCUUCUUCAGAAGCAGCUAUUUCUUGUACUGUAGUCAUCAAAGACCUCAGACCAUGCUUGAACUAUCUUGUGAAAGGCAGUGGCAAACCACCAUCUGCUUGUUGUGUCGGGGCAUCUGCACUUGCAUCUGCAACAACAACAUCUGCUGACAAGAAGGCUGCUUGUGAAUGCAUUAAGGCAGAAGCCAAGAAGGUAAACCUGAAUGCCCAGCUAGCCAAAGAUCUUCCUGCAAAUUGUGGAAUCACCUUAUCUGUCUCUGUUUCACCCGAUGUCGAUUGCUCCAAGGUGGGUUGAAGUACAAACAGCAGCUACAAGAUGGCAUGAAAUUCUUCAGAUUCAAAUCUACUUAAGUACAAGAGCUCUAGCUCCUAAUAAUAAAAUGUGAUUUUCUGUUUGUUUCUAUGUAUUCCUCUUCCCAAUAAAU